AUGGAAAUCUCUGGUAAAAUGCAUGAGGGUGACAGUCUAGUGGUAAGUCCUAAAUCAUUAGAUGAGCUACCGAUAAACGUUAUAUUCCAGAUACUAUCAGAGCUCAAAUUCUCUGAUUUAAAGAAUGUGUCAGCCACAUGCUGGACGUUAAGAAUUCUUACGAAUGAAAAAUUAAUGUACUAUAGUAUACUUCAUGACCCAAAGAAUCAAUAUUUAUGGACGAAAAGAUACUUUUUAGAUUCGCUAAGGAUGUUACAAAGGAAUAGACGAGGUUUCGAUUUUGUAUCUUUGAAUGACACAACAUUCUUUCAAUCCCUGCGAUAUCUGCAUAAUGGAGUAAGGAAGGUCUCAGGGAACCUCUUGAGACUGUUAGAAUCAAAUGAUGAUUUAGGGAUAAACGAAAUAGACACUGCAUCGGAAAGUGAAGACAAUGACAAUAUGAACAACGAUGAAAAUGAUAAUGAAAGUAAUGGAUAUGAUAGCCAGAACCAGCGAGUAGGAAAAAAAUACAUUAAUGACGGGAGAACUGAUGGUGAAAUGAUGCCCGACAACUCAGAUCUCUGGGAAACUGAAGAUGAGUCGGAUAUUGACACAACUAAUGACGUUAAUGGAUUGGACCAAAUAUACGCUGAAAAUAUAUCAGUUUUUGAGGAGGAUACUGGGAGUGAUAGUUAUAAUGAUGGUCAAAUUCAACCGGUGCAAAUAUCUAUGAAUGACUUUGCUGAUAGUGAAAGUACGCCUACUAAAAAGCCACGCACUAAGCCGACAAAGAUCGAUAAGGAAGGAUUGAAAUACUUGAGAGUUUUGGAAGGCUUUCAUAGGAUUGGUGUAAUUUCUGGGAGAGAAACACCUGAUAGGAUAAUUACACAUAAUACCUCUGCGACUCCAAAUAAAUAUGGCAACUUACUCGAUGAUGUACAAUUCACCCCACUCAGCACAAUAAGCUCUUUACUAAAAAGAAUUGACUCUGGAUCAGAUUCUAAUCAUGCCCAUUCUCCCGAUUCGUUUGGAAUUUCGCAUUCGCGGUCAGGAAGUUCCGUAUUUUCAGAUGGUGCCCCUAAGUUAGCAGAUCAGCCUUGGUCAAAGAUCUAUGAAUUGGAUCAUCAAUCGCUUUCAAGUUCUGAUUCUGAUUCUUCUUCUUCUACUGAAUUUAUACGGCAGUUGCAAUCGUCUAAAAAGGUGAAGGACAAGGCUGUACUGUUUGAACGGCUCCUGGCUAAGAGUAAAGAAAGAAGCGUUUCGUUGAAGGAGAAGAAAUCCCAUGCAUCAAGUAAUAAUGGUAAUUGCCGAAAGGUGUCAGAUGAUUACUUGGCAGAAACAAGAAGAAACGCAUCUCCAGCACCUUCAUCAGUUUCUUCGAUAGAUACUGAAAUGAGAUUAACAAUGCAAGAGGUAAAGAACAAUUCAAAUGAUCAUUUUGACUCUCAUGCCAAGACGAAGAGUUCAUCCACUCACGGAAUAAAACAUUCUAAAAUUCAUCAUAGAAAGAAACUCAAAGCUUUGGUCAUGGACGGAAAUCGGAUUUGCUACGAAAAGAUAACAGAAUAA